AUGGAAGCAAGCGUGGCAGAUGCUGGGUCCAAAUCCUUUGGCGGUGAUGGAGACGAUGGCCUCCUGCGCAUGGCGGUGAUGAACGAAUUAAUCGCCCCGGAGGUCCUCCCCUUCCAGACUGAACUUAUAUCUAAAACGAAAGAUUUUGUCGAUGCAGAGGAGGAGAAAUCGAAUCAAUCAUACAAGGGCGAGAGUGAGGAUGCCUUCCUCCGACGACAACUGCUCACCUCGUGGUACCUGCAACGCGUCAAGUACGCGCUGUCUGCCUACCUUCAGACGCGGCUGCGAAAGAUUCAGAAGCACGCCGAGUACAUCCUCCACUCGCCGCUGGAGACGCACAAGCUGUCCGACAAUGAGCUCCAGUUCCUGAAGCAGUUCAGAGAAUUGGAGCUCGAGCAGAGUCGAGCUCUCGACCUCAUCUCGCCCAAGAUCGCUGAGCGCAUCGGCAACAGCGGCACGCCCAAAGCAGGCACUUUGCACUUCACUUCUCUUGCUCUCUUGCUCCUCGGCGUUGUGGAGUCUUAA